AUGAGCGCAUCCCAAAGUUUGACCCAUCCGCGCUGUCAAUUCAACCUACCAGAUGAACGGUUCGACUGGCUAUGUAGUGUAUACAAGCCCACCAACAAGAUCCCCGCCUUCCUCACCUGUAUCGACAUUGCUGGUCUCACUGCUGGUGCUUCCACGGGUGCUGGACUCGGGAAUGCAUUCUUGUCCCACGUCCGUGCGGUCGAUGGAAUCUUCCAAGUCGUCCGUGCCUUUGAUGAUGCCGAGGUGAUCCAUGUGGAGGGAGAUGUAGAUCCGAUUCGGGAUAUGGAGAUCAUUCAUACCGAGCUUAAACUCAAGGAUAUCGAAUGGGUCGAGAAACAUUACGAAACGAUCAAGAAGAGCUUCCGUGGUACCGGGACUGCUAACCUGGCUGAUAAAGCCAAGAAGGAGGAGAUCGACAUCACCGGCAAGGUCCUGGCAUGGUUGAAGGAUGAGGGACGUGAUGUACGAAAGGGAGACUGGAAUAACAAAGAGGCAAGUCGCUUACUACCGAUCAAAUCUCGGCUUCCUCCCCUAUCCUACUGCAUUCAACCAGCAAUCGAUGUGAUCAACACGCUUCAGCUCUUGACUGCCAAGCCGGUGACCUAUCUGAUAAACUUGUCAGAGACCGAUUACAUCCGGAAGAAGAACAAGUGGCUUCCGAAGAUCAAGGCGUGGAUCGAUGCCAACAAUCCAGGUGAUCUGUUGAUCCCAUUUUCGGUGGCACUCGAAGAGCGAUUACUCCAGCUCGGGGUGGAUGAUGAAGUGCCCGCUCGUAAAGAGGAACUGGCCAAGAUCGGAACGACCUCAGCCCUCGGUAAAAUCACCACCGCUGGUUAUGCUAGUUUGCAUCUCAUUCGCUACUUCACCACCGGUCCCACCGAAGUGAGAGCUUGGACUAUCCGAAAAGGAACCAAAGCUCCUCAAGCUGCCGGGGUCAUCCAUUCCGACUUUGAGAACAAGUUUGUAUGUGGUGAAAUCAUGACCUACGGCGACCUCAAAGAACAUGGUUCUGAAGUUGCGGUCAAAGCGGCUGGGAAAUAUCGACAACAAGGCAAACCUUAUGAGAUGCAGGACGGUGAUAUCGCCUUCUGGAAACAUGGUUGA